AUGGGCUCUUGCUCUGGUAAACGUUCUUAAAAUAAUUCUGCUUCUAAGAACUCUAGUAAUAAACCUGAAACAGAUAAUUCUUCACCAUAAAAACUUUAACUUAAUGAUGGUAUAUCUGAUUUUUAACAUAUAAUAGCAUAAUCUUGUCUUGGUAAUUUAAUCAUCACAAGUGAAAAGCUAGGACGAAUAACAAAAGAUUAUACACUUUUGAAUCCACCUUUGGGUAGUGGUAUAUAAUAUAUUAAAUAUCUUUUAGGAGCAUAUGGUGAAGUAAGGAAAGCAAUCUAAAAGAGCACAAAUUUGAUGAAAGCAGUUAAAAUUAUUCAUAAAUCUUAAACAAGUAAAGAAGAAUAAGAGAGAUUGAUGAAUGAAGUUAAAAUGCUUUAAAAAUUAGUAAUCAUUAAAAACUAUUAAAGGAUCAUCCAAAUAUAAUUAAAGUUUUUGAAUUUUAUUAAGAUGAAAGAUUCUUUUAUAUAGUAACAGAACUAUGUACUGGAGGAGAACUCUUUGAUAAAAUUAGACAUGAGGGUAGUUUCUCAGAAAAGAAAGCUGCUGAAAUUAUGAAAUAAAUAUUAUCUGCUAUUAAUUAUUGUCAUGAUGAAAAGAUUGUACAUAGGUAAAUCUAAUGUAAAUAUCUUAAUUUAGAGAUUUGAAACCAGAAAAUUUACUAUAUGAAUCUGAAAAAGAAAAUUCUAUGCUCAAAAUUAUAGAUUUUGGUACUUCAAAAGAAUUUGUUCCUAAUUAAAAAUUAAAUUAGAAAUUAGGCACACCCUAUUAUAUUGCACCUGAAGUUCUAAAAAAGAAAUAUGAUGAAAAAUGUGAUAUUUGGUCAUGUGGAGUAAUCCUCUAUAUUUUGUUAUGUGGGUAAACACAAUUAUAACUUUGAGAUACCCUCCAUUUGAUGGUAAAACUGAAGAAAAAAUAAUGGAAAAAGUAUCAAAAGGUGUUUAUACAUUUGAUACUAUAGAAUGGGAAGAAGUUUCAAAAGAGGCCAAAGAGUAUAUUCGAAAAAUGUUACAAUUUGAUCCUAGUAUUUAUUUAAUUUAAUUAUUUUAAAGUUAAGAGAUAUAGUGCUUAAUAAGCUUUAAAUGAUCCAUGGAUUAAAAGAUUUACAAAUCCUGCUGAAUUUGAUAAACCUUUAAUGACAAAAGUGUUAACAAAUAUGAGAUAGUUUACAGAAUAAUAAAAAUUAUAAGAAGCUGUUUUUAAAUUUAUUGUGAAUCAAUUAGCUACAAAAGAAGAAAAGGCUGAAUUAUUAAAGAUUUUUUAAUGUUUAGAUACAAAUUAAGAUGGAAAAUUGAGUAAAGAAGAAUUAUUAGUGGGAUAUUCAAAGAUUAUGAAACCAAUUGAAGCUGUAGAAGAAGUUAACCGUAUAUUUUAAUAAGUUGAUAAAAAUAAUUCAGGUUCAAUUGAUUAUACAGGUAUAUACGUAUUUUAUUAAAUUUUAGAGUUUGUAAUUGCAACAAUAGAUAGAUAAUAAUUAUUAUCAAAAUAAAGAUUAUAAGUUACUUUUCAUAUGUUUGAUAAAGUAAAUGAUAAAAUAAUUUAGGAUAAAAGUGGAAGUAUAACUAUAGAUGAAUUGAAAGAGAUAUUUAGUGGGAUUCCAGAAGAAAUGUGGAAAUAAGUAGUAUAAGAAUUUGAUUCUAAUUCUGAUGGUUAAAUUUCAUUGGAUGAAUUCUUUACAAUGAUGAAGAAAAUCGAUUGA